GGGGCUUUUGAGGGAGAAAUAGAGGAGAAAGGGCUGGAUGGGAAAGACAGACGGAGGGAGGGAUACGGACAAGUGAUAAAGAAACACUGAGAGCAGAGGAGGUAGCGCAAGGCUACACACGGAGAAAAAGGUCUGGAUAUAAAUGCUCCAUCACUGGCUGGGGAAUAAAAUCUGCAGCAGCUGACAGGAGGAUACAAAAACAAAAGGGGGACGCAGAGAGAAGAUGGACGUACAAACGGAGAACAUGGACCCCCCACCUUGUGAAUCGCAGCCAAGUGGAAAAAUCAGAAAAGGAUUCAAGCUGUUUGGCAAACGCAAGCCAGGUAACAUCUUUUCUAUUCGAAGCAAAGGAGAUGGAAACAACAAGUCACCUGUUCACAGGAGCAAAACACUAGAUGGAUUAUCAGAGAGUCCUGCGCCAGAUUCUGAGCAGGAGCCAGACAAGGAAAAGGGACAGGAGGUGAGCGAGGCAGAGAAGGAGCAGGCAGAGGAGGAGCAACUCGGCGAAGAUGGCGUUCUGGCUGCCGCCCCUGCUCGCAACUCCGUUUCAUCAGCCAGCUCAGCCAAGUCUCUCAGCUUCCUGUCACUGCUGAGGGGUGGCAGGAGGGGAGUGGGGGACCGCCGAGUCCACACCGUGUCCCAGCCAGUGGGUCGCCAGCGUCGUGGGCUGAAGGGUCUCUUUGGAAAUGUUAAGUUCAAAUCGAAAGAUAAAGAGGAGAAGGAGGAACUCCCUCCUAGUCCGCUCCUCAUGUCAUCCCGUGCCAACAGUGUUGAAAUCAUCAAAGAGGACCUCACCCUCACACCCAAAUCCCAGCCUCGCUCUCUGGACAGCCCUGAAACAGAGAGGCGUGAGCACGUCAAGAGUGCAACAACUCUGGACAGUGCAACCCCAUCCCCACCAGACACCGCAACUUCCCAGGUAACAACAAGCAGUGAGAGUAAAACUCGUGAAAAUGUAGCGUCGUCACCCACCCUUGAGCCACCACUGGUGCCCGGGGACACCAGCCUGAGCUCGUUGCUUGCGGACAUCUCGUCUCUCCUGACUUUUGACUCCAUCACAGGGGGUGGGGACAUCAUGGCUGAUGUGGAAGCAGAGUGGGGGAAAGCGAGCAGUGCUAUCAGCACUGUGGUGACUGAGGUCACGCCAACAUCCACAUCUCCCUUCUCCAAACCCACUAUCUCCUCUCCGCUGAGUCCCACAAAAGUCAGCACUGCUUCCACAGCAAAACCUUAUCAUGUAGCCGCCCCCACUGCCACUUCACCCCAACCCUUUACUGCACUGUCAAAGGCAACUACAACCUCUUCUCCCAUUUCCAAGCCAAGCACCACCCCCACCACAACUUUCACCAAAUCUUCCACUCUGACAACUCCCUCAGUCAAACUGAGCUCAGACUCUACUCCAGCCUCUGAGCCUUCUGUCAGCGCUAAAACCAUCACAGCUCUGGCACCAACUACAACAAAACCCUCAGCGUUUCCUGUAACUUCAACAAACCUUUCAGCUCCAACGUCUUCCUUUGUGAUUACAAGUAAAUCUACAGUGAUGUCCACCUCUACAGCGACCACAGCUCCUCCAAACACCCCAGCCUCUGUAGUAAAGGCUCCCUCAGUUAGUCCAGUUCUUACCUCUACAGCUAGCAAACUGGCUUCACAGACUGUACUGCCUCCUCAAACUACUACUUCUGUAAGUAAACCCAGUCUUGUAGCUACUUCACCCCCCGUCUCCACCAAACCCCCAUCAAUAACCCACAGCCCACCCAUCCCUGUUGCUAUCUCCCAGCCUCCCCCUGCUAAGUCAGAUUCAAUUAGCACUUCCUGCAAACCUUCUCUAAUCUCAGUUACAGUAGACUCUAAAACCCCAGUGACAGUAUCACCAGCCUGCACAGUUACAACAAAACCAUCUUCUCCUGACCCAGGUACUCUCUCUAAAACAGCAGCUCCCACAUCAGCUGCAACCUCAGCCUCUGCAUCUGGGGCCCUUUUCAAGCCUACACUCACCUCUACCCUCACAGAACAAAAUAAAAGCCCUCCCUCACAUGUAACUGCUCCUGAUAUCUGUCCUCCCACAGCUAAAACCCAACCCAGCCCUGCAUCUAUAACAACUCCAGCUUCAGUUUCUUCAGCUAAGCUUCCUCCUGCGACUAAACCCACCUCUGCCACGGUCUUGUUAGAUAAAACGCCCCCUACUCCCACACCAAUUCCAGCACUUGCUACUCAUGCAGCAGUUUCUACAGCAUCUACUGCUCCGGGUCAUAUUCCAGUUUCUUUAUCUAAAGAUCAACCUGCUCCUGCUCAACCGCAAAUUUCCCAAUCUAAAACCCCUCCUGCCCCUGUUGAGGUUCCACUUUCUGUCUGUAAAGAUCAGCCUGCUCCAGCUCAAAAGGAGCCUGCUCAAUCUAAAACCCCUCCUGCCCCAGCUCAGCCCCCAGUUACUGUAUAUAAAGAUCUGCCCGCUCCAGCUCAAAAGGAAGUCCCUCAAUCCAAACCCCCUCCCACCCCUGUUCAAAUCCCAGCAUCUGCAUGUAAAGAUCCAUCUGCUCCAGCCCAACAGGAGGUUUUUCGAUCAAAACCCCCACCUGCCCUGGCUAAAAUCCCAGUUUCUGUAUCUACUGACUCUCCUGCCCCAAUUUCUGUAGCCAAACCACUUUCUACUUCUGGUCAGAUUCCAGUUUCUCAGCCAAAAGCCCAUCCUGUACCUCCUGGUGCUCCUUGCCCUGUCACUUCUCUUCCUCCUACCCCUAAACCUCAGCCAAGUGAAGCUCCAGCCUCUGCUAAGCCUAGUGGAAGUGGACUAGCAACAGUGGAUGGCCAAUUGGCUAGUCCAAAUGGCACAAAUGGGGAGGGUGUGCAGACUGCACCGUGUAAAACCGAAGAACCACAUAAGGAGUCGCGAACAAGCCUCCAAGAGCCCCCCAGAGAAAAGAGAACACAAGCCAAAGCAUCAGGGCUGAGCAAAAUCCCUGUCGUGGGAGGAAGCAGAGUGGGCAGGCUACCUGUCCGGGACAGCCAGCAACAUGCUGAUGAGGAAUCAAACAGAAAUCCGCCCACACCCGUGCUAGAAGAAGAAAGACCCCAUUUUAACUCACAUGAUGCAGGAAACAAAGAUAAAAUCAGUGCUGCAGAAGCCACCUCAAAACACACCCAGGAGGACAGUCAGCACCCCCAACACCAGAAAGUUCUCACCAGUUCAGCGCGUGACUCAAAGAUCCCCGUGAAGCACGGUGCACAGACUCACACUGCCUCCCAAGUCCCUCAGACUAAAGAACCCCCUCGCACUAAGAUACCCGUGUCCAAGGUUCCUGUCCGCAGAGCUGGUACUAAACCUGCAGCCACAGGUGGCAGCGCCCAGAUAAGGAAAUAAGUCAGUGGAUUGAAUCAGUCGACUGCAGAUUACUGCUCUGACUGCAACUUUUUUCCAACAUCACAAUUUUUUAAACUUUGCAUUCUAUACUGUAAAUCCUGGCUGGUCUUUCUGUCAUCUCUUGGCUUCACUACUUCAUAAGCAACAGGAACAGAGUCAAGGAAACUGACAGCACUCAAGCACAAAACAUCCCCGUGGGCAGCUGAAGCGACAAGCCCGGCUCUUUGGUGCUGAGCCACCCUAGACAUGCACUCAGGAAAGGUUCAGAGUCACACCUGAACACAAAGCAGCAUCGGUAACAAAGGAUGAGCGAGAUAAAAGGUCGUCUGGGAACACAGUCUGUCUCUCUCUCUCACACACACACACCCUUUCACACAACAUGGGCGAGUGCCUUUUUGAGGGUGCUUUUCCUACAGACUGUCAGAAUUUUUUCAGUCUUUUCUACAGUACUUUUAACUUUUGUUACUCCCACUUUUUGUAGGAAGUCUUUUUUGUCUUUCUUUUCAGCAAGUCUCUUUGAUAAUAACCAAUCCCUUUACCUUUUAUUUAUGCCAGGAGAUGAACCGCAGGAGCUCUAUAGAUAAAUGCAACAACCAAAUUUUACAUUCCACACCUUUCUCUGGAUGUAUGUAGCAGAAAAAAAACAUGCCAUGAAGUUUUUGCACAAUAUGUUGAACUGUACAGCGCCUGUGUGUCCGCCUGCUCAUAUGUAACAUACUCAGAUCUCACUGUGAACUAUGGGAGGGGCUGUGGUUUGAAAGAGUGGAAAUUACUCCUCGCAAUGAAAUUGACAGGGGAGAGCAGCCAUUAAAAAUGGCAUUGUGGACAGAAAGGAUGGUGGGAUGAGAUCUCCAGCUCAUGAACUGGCACAUCUUUAUUCUUGUCCCAGUUAUAGUCGGAUGAGAACAGCAUCUCUGUGUAGAGACUCAUCUAUGUUGUCCUGUUUCCUAUUUAAUCAAUAAAACAAUAUGAGUACCUAA